AUGGACGACUUUGAAUAUUUCGAUCAUCCAGAUGCUACAGAUGAGGAGUUCCAAGAUCACGAGUUCUGGGCGCGCAUGAAGCACCAAUAUUGGUGCUAUAUCAUCAUGGAUUACACGCACCGCGGGAUGACGAAGUCCAAGGAUAGGCUUGUCGCUAUAGCCGGUAUAGGGAAAGCGUUGAGUCGGCAUACGAAGAAUAGAUACCUAGCCGGAUUGUGGUCGGAGCAUUUUACAACUGGAUUACUCUGGAGCAUAGCCCAUAACGAGAAAUUCGCGAUGUCAACUGCUGAUACUUUCGAUGUCGAGAAAAACGAAAAGAUUCGCCACGAACAAGAACUCGCACCUAGCUGGUCUUGGGCUUCUGUGACAGCUCCCGUCAUGUACGCGACUAAUGAGCUGCUCAAUUACGAUCGCAUCUGCAUCAUCGUCAACGUUAACGUUGCCGGAAAUAUUGACAACCAAACUGGUCGCGCCCAAAUCCGUGGCCACACCCGCCGUGGAUACAUAAACGCAGUAUAUCCUCACUCUAUACGCGAAGCAGCCGCGAGAUUCCCACAUAUGACUACUACAAACCUUACUGGGACCCUAGGCCGUGAGGAAACAAACUUCAAGGACCGCAUGUUCCAUCCAAAUGACUGGUUUCUCUUCUCCGAAAAACCGCCCUCGACAGGAAGUUCCGACACCUCCACCCAACGUCUCACAACACAUGGUAGUUUUCGCCUCGUUCGUGGCUCCUUCAAACCCGACCAGAUCAUUGAUCCAGCUCAAGAAAUAACAUUCGUCGCAAUCGCACAACAGCACUUCGGCGCGCAGCUUACCACCCGCUUGCCCUCACACAAGGAAGAUGACGCAUUGAAAGUUCACAGCAUCGCCUUGGUUCCUACGGGGAAGGCAGAGGGGGAAUACCGGCGUGUUGGACUCGCGAUUUGGGAAGAGUGCGCGUGGUAUGGAUACUUGUGUGGCUGGAAGGAUGCGCGUGAUAGAAUUGUAGAGAAACCCGGCCGGUGGACGGAGGACGGGCAAUGGACGAAGGAGGGACGGUUGGAUAGAUUGGGGAGGAGGUUGUGGUGGGACGACUUGGAAUACUAUGAGGAAACUAAGAAGGGGUCUCAUCAGCAUGCAUAUGAGGCGAAUUGCUUGCCAGAGAUGGGGAAAUAUCACAAGAAAGUCAAUGUGAAAGAGACGACGCUGGUCAUCGUGUGA